GUCACGUGAUUGUGUGGUCUGUUGUGUUGCGGAAUGUGAGCUGCAAACACAAUAAUAAUUUUAUAGUUUAGCUGUAUGCCAAGUUGGAAAUAAUAUGAUUGUAGACGUUUAGCGGAAACGGAUUCCUUCGGUUUGAGUCUACAAAAGGUCACUACUUCAGCAUGGACUACUCAUCCCGGGAUGUUCAUGUGAGGAUCAUCACCCUGGGCUUCAUCUUUUACACUGUCGUGUUUCUCCUGUCCCACUUCAUAUCUAAACUGCUGUUUGUGACCUACCGCUCGCUGCCUGGCAAAGAAAAGUUUUUCUGGGAUUUAGCUGCGACUCGGGCAGUAUUCGGCAUCCAGAGCAUAAUAGCAGGGCUUCGAGCACUCUUGGAAGACUCUGCUGUACAUUCUGAUAAGAUCCUUGGGCAGGAAAACUGGUCAUGGUUCAACGUCCUGAUAGCUACUGGCUUUUUCCUAUUUGAAAACGUAGCUCUUCACUCAUCCAAUGUGGUGUUCUGGUCCUUUGAUCUGCCGUUAGCUGUGCACCACUUCUUUGCUCUGGCAGGGUUUGCUGGUGCAGUUGUGUGGGACUGGCUGGGUCAUUUUCUUCCUAUGGUGACCUUGCUGCUGGAAAUGAGCACACCCUUUACCUGCAUAUCCUGGAUGCUACUUAAGGCUGGCUGGUCGAAGACUCUUUUCUGGAAAGCUAAUCAGUGGAUGAUGAUCCACAUGUUUCACUGCCGAAUGGUUCUAUCCUACUAUAUGUGGUGGGUGUCCUGGAAUCAUUGGGAGGACAUGAAUACCCACAUCCCAUUGAUUCAGAGACUGUUGUUCUUUUUGGGACUUACCCUGCUCACCUUCUUUCUCAAUCCCAUGUGGACACAUAAGAAAACCUUACAGCUACUAAAACCAGUGGAUUGGAACUUUGUGAAAAAAACUCCACCAGAGAACAGACCCGUCAUAGAUGAGCCACAGCACAAACAUCAUUCCAGCUGAUUAACUGUUUUUAUGCGGGUAAUAUGAGCAAAUGGUAAUUUUUUUAUAGUUGUAUCGUCAAUCAUUGUUUGAAGGUUCAAGAAUUUAGGUUUAGUACUUUCAAAUUCGAGAUAAGGCACAUUUAGUUUGGUUUCUGUAUUUAGAUAGCUCUAACUCUAUAUUUUUAUUUGUGAUUUCAGGCUGUGGCUGAUGCAUGUUUCGUAUGUGUGUAACUUUUAACUGAAUGUGACAGUGGGAAAUGACCCUUGUGGGUUCUUUUUCAUCAACUUCCUGUUUAAGUUGGGUUGAAUAUCAUGAAAAUAGCUUAUUAUAUGUGUUUAUGUGACUGUUUAAAGCUGUUUUCUUUAUGCCUAGACAACAAUGAAAACUUCACCUUAGAAUGAUCAGACUUUGGUGUUCUUUUUCUUUUAAGAUCAUUUCUUUUACAUACUGUUUAGUGAUGCCCCAUAGCAGUAGGCUGUGUAAUUUAGUCAGAGGUGGAAAGAGUACUGAAAAUUUGUACUCAAGUACAAGUACAAGUAGUUGCUAAAAAAAUACUCAAUUACAAGUAAAAGUACUGGUGUUAAAAAUGUACUUAAGUAAAAGUACAAAGUACCCCUCUUAAAAACUACUCAAGUUCAAAUUACUUUUUAGCCGGUGAUAUUUAUUGAAUAAACAUUAAAUCCAUUGAAUGAAAUCAGAGAUAUGAAUGGAUUAAAAACAGGCAAUUUGUGUUUUAUACGAAUAAACACAUAGUACA